AGACAGAAAAAGUGAAGAAGCCAUGGCAACAUCGAGUCCCACACGGUUCGUAAUAUUUCCAGCUAUUCUCUUCCUCAUUGUUCUCAUCCCUUUGUACCUGUCACCCAUAAAUCGAAACCAAAGCAUCCUCCUCCAUUUGCUCCCUACGCAUUCAAACCUUUCAGAGACAACUCACCAAACCCUUCAAACCUCAUCGUCCCCAUCUCUGUGGCCGAAAAAUGAUUCCGCAGAUGGGGUUCCCUCAACUUCCAGUGAUGGAGCGAGAACAACUAACGAGAUAAGGAAGCGUUUCAGAGAGAAAAUGAGUCAUCUGGAGAGGAUUGAAGAAGGUCUGGCGAGAGCCCGAGCGGAAAUACGCAGGGCGAUUCGGACGAGGAAUUAUACUUCAGAAAAGGACGAAGCCUUCAUCCCAAGAGGAGACGUCUACAGAAAUCCAUACGCAUUUCAUCAGAGUCAUAUAGAGAUGGAGAAAAGAUUCAAGAUAUGGGCAUACCGAGAAGGAGAUCAACCCCUAAUGCAUGACGGACCAUCAAAUGACAUCUAUGCAAUCGAAGGGCAAUUCAUGGAUGAGAUAGAAAGUGGAAAGAGCCACUUCUUGGCUCGUCAUCCCGACGAGGCGAAUGCGUUCUACAUCCCCAUGAGUUUAACUAGAAUAGUUCAUUUUAUCUACGAGCCUCCACAUUACUAUGGUAAAUGGAUUCCACGAUUGGUCACAGACUAUAUCAACUUUGUAGCAGAUAAAUAUCCAUAUUGGAAUAGAAGCAAGGGGGCUGACCAUUUCUUGGUUUCUUGUCAUGAUUGGGCACCAGACGUUUCAGCUCUAAAGCCUGAUCUCUACAAGCAUUUCAUUAGAGCCCUCUGCAAUGCCAACACCUCCGAAAGGUUCCACCCCAUCAGAGACAUCUCAAUCCCAGAAAUCAACAUACCCCGCGGCAAGCUCGGUCCGCCCCACCUCGACCACCCCCCCAACAAGCGUCCCAUCCUUGCCUUCUUCGCUGGGGGCGCCCAUGGUUACGUACGAAGUGUCUUGUUCAAGUACUGGAAAGAGAAAGAUGACGAAGUCCAGGUUUUUGAGCGCCUUCCCCGUAAUCGAAACUAUAGUAAAUCAAUGGGGGACAGCAAGUUUUGCCUGUGUCCCAGUGGAUACGAAGUCGCCAGCCCCAGAAUAGUAGAAGCCAUCGCUGCCGGCUGUGUGCCUAUGAUAAUUUGCGAUCACUACUCCUUGCCGUUCAGCGAUGUUCUUGAUUGGAGCAAGUUCUCCAUAUAUAUUACUUCCGAUAAGAUACCGGAAAUCAAGAAGAUUUUGAAAGCGGUUCCGACUGAGACGUAUUUGGAAAUGCAAAAGAGGGUGAAGCAAGUGCAGCGGCAUUUCGCGAUAAACCGGCCGGCGAGGCCCUACGAUAUGCUUCAUAUGAUUCUUCAUUCGGUGUGGCUGAGGCGCCUUAAUGUUAGGUUGCCAUCUUGA